ACGCUACUGCUAUACUAUAUAUAAAAUUUCCCGCACAUUGAUUUUACUUGUUUAUUUUAGCGAUAUAUACGGACCAUGCCGCCUACUACUACAAGGCUAACAAUAGACCUUGAUCCCAAAUCCCAUAAGAAAGUUAUAAAUAAUCAAUACAAAAUCGUCAAGAAAAUAGGCCAGGGUCAAUAUGGGAAAGUCCUCCUAGGUCAGAGCACAACUAAUGGUGAUUACGUUGCCAUUAAGACUAUAAACCGAAUAGAUAAAUCUCGGCUCCUUACCAAGAAUUAUGUUUCACCCAUCACCAAGAUCAAACGAGAAAUUCAAAUCAUGCAUGAAUGUAAUCAUCCCAAUGUUGUAAAAUUGUAUCAAGUAAUAGAUGACACCAAAUUCGACAAGAUCUUAUUAAUUUUGGAAUACUGCAAGUUUGGGGAAAUUGACUGGAAAAAUUAUAACCAUUAUUAUGAAAAAUAUACCUCGAAAAGGGAUCCACCAUUGACCCUAAACAAAAUCCUUCGUGAUGUUGUUCUUGGGUUAGAAUACCUUCAUUUCAAACGGAUAAUACACCGAGAUUUAAAACCGCUGAACUUAUUAAUUUCCAGUGAUAAUACCAUCAAGAUAUCUGAUUUUGGUGUUAGUGUAAUAUUUGAAAAUGAACAAGAUAUGAGUGAACUUGGCAAAACCAUGGGUACCCCGGCAUUUUAUGGUCCCGAGUUGUGCAGUUUCAUAAAUAACAGAUAUUCCAUGAUAAACAAUUCCAACCAUCAGCUUAAUAAAGUUAUUGACUAUAGGAUGGAUAUUUGGAGUUUAGGGGUCACUAUAUAUGCCCUUAUGUUUAAUGAUUUGCCAUUUAGUGGUAAUAAUGAAUUUGAAAUGUGUAAGAAUAUCUUGACUCAAGAAUUAAAGUUCCCUCGAGUACGACAAUCAUCAAAGUGUACCGCCAGUGAUAUGCAAGAAUUAAUUCUGUUUAAAAAUUUAUGCAAGUGCUUGCUUGCCAAGGAUCCAAACGAUCGAAUGACAUUGGCCCAAGUUAAACUACAUCUGUUUACUACAUUUGACUUGAAUGAUAAUGAGAAAUACAAAUAUAGAAAAUUUAAUAAUCCUUAUAUCCACCAGCAUAGUCAAGGAUUACCUUCACGAAUAAAGAAAUUCUUUUCAAAACAAAAGACUACCAAACCUACGUUACCUUCAGUUCCUGCUAGUUCGAUAAAUGCCUCGUCUAGCUCUGUCGAUAGAGCAAACAUAAGCCUAGAGCAUGUUGAUGAUUUGCUUGAUUCAUACCUUGAUGAUUCCUCAUCCAUGGGAAGUGUAGAGGAGGAAGAUUUUGACACCACUGAUAUAUUAGCUGAAAUCCAUUCGCCAUCACCUAUAGUUAAACCAUUACCACCACAACUUGACUUGACGUCAUCGGCACAUUCAUUCAUAAUUGGAGAGAGUUCGCCAAGUUCUGCAUAUUUCAGUCCCAUGAAACGAUACUUUAAUAAUAAUAACAAUAAUAAUAAUAAUAAUAAUAAUGAAUCACUGCCUGCUGUUAGUGAUUCGAAACCAACUAUCCUGUCAUUGACUCGUGAUUUUGGUGAGUUAGAUUUAAUACCGCCUCCAUCGAUGCAUAAAUCGACAACUCCUAAGUUAAGUCCAUCGAGAAAAAACUCAAUUUCUAGUAGUUCCAGUAGUUUAAAUUUGAACGGAUAUUUAACUGCUGAUGAUUACAGCCCACGAUCUCACUACAAACGAGGUCUGAGGGACGAAAAAAAGGAAGAACCUGAGGAGGAAGAGGAAGAUACUUUAAUAUUUGAUGAGUCUAUGAUUAGGAAUUAUAAUGGGAUGUCUGACUAUUUAGAUAAUAUAGAUUAA